ACAGCCUCUGUACGCCAUAGCAGCUAGACACAUUAUUGAUUGUUCUCGGUGUGGUCAGGUGACUCUUCUCAGCUGCUUGACAGUCGAUCUCCUGCUCGCUGUCAUAACUGGCCAAUUUAUCUAACGUUAGUUGGGAUAACUGCUUUUCACGCAGAUAAAAGUGAUGUGAUGGAACUUAAUGUGUGAGCACCGAGAAAUCAGUACAUGGGAGAACAGAGGCUGCAGGUCAGACAGUGAACACAUCCACAGCUAAUUAUCUGGACUGAAGAAGAGAGGGUUAUUAUGGCUCCCACUUUGUUUGAUGAGAAACCAGAGCUUGGGGAUUUGAUCGAGAUCUUUCGAGGGACCUAUCAGCACUGGGCAGUGUACAUCGGAGAUGGUUUCGUCAUCCAUCUUGCCCCCCCAACUGAGAGCGCACAAGCUGGUGCCUACAGCAUGAUGUCAGUCCUGUGUGACAAGGCCAAGGUGAAGAAGGAGGAGCUGUGGGAGGUGGUGGGGACAGAUGAGUACCGUAUCAACAACCUGCUUGAUUCCAAAUACAAACCCAAGAGCCCUGGUGCCAUAGUGAGGGAUGCCCAGGAAUGGGUGGGACAGGAGCUGCCAUACUGUGUCUUUCGAGGGAACUGUGAGCAUUUUGCCACAGAACUGAGAUAUGGGAAAGCUGAGUCAAGACAGGUGCGCAAUGCCUUGGAGGUAGGAGUUGGAGUGGGGAUGGCUGCUAUGAUUGGUGUGGGAGUCCUUGCUGCUGCUGCUGCCAUCUUUGGAGGUGGGAGCAAAGAGAAGAAGAACAACCAGUGAGCUGAGAGAGCUCACAGAAAUGCACAACUACCCUGCCUUAAUUGAAUUCUGCUUGUGUUGCCAUACACCGACCUUUACAACCAACUCCAGGAAUGGUCUCCUGCACACUCCUCAGAUUGCUUCAGAUGUUCUAUUUUAUGAAGCAAAUAGCAGGCAGCUAAAACAAGAAAAUACAUUAUUUGAAUGACAUUAAAUGCGUGGUUUUCACAGUUGCUCACAGAACUUACCUCUGCACAUGUGAUUCAGUCUGUUGGUACAGAGUCCUGUUGAUAACCUCACUAAAACAAACAAAAAAAUGAUUAUUCUGUAAUCUUGUAUUUGUGAUUAGUUUUUAUAUGUAAUAUUAAAUAUGCUGAUCUCAGCAGUGGCUAGGGAACUUGAUGUGCAACCCAAUAAUGGUAGGUUAAAAUUCCAGUUUUGUGUAUCACUGGUGUGCUCUUGUGCAGAUUAAUUAACUGGAAUUACUAACUGAUUAAGCACUUUCAGGACAGUCCUGUUGAAGCUUCAGAUAUUGAGUAUCAAGCAAAGAUCUAUAAUCCCCUGAGAUCUAAAAACUCAAUGCGAAAGUAUGAUACUAUAACCUGUAAAAAACGAAUUCAGAUGCGUAUUAAAUGCUAUUAUAUUUUCAUUAACGUUAUUAUAAAGGCUUCCCUAAUAUUUUUAAUAUUGGAUAUUCAUGAAAUUUUACAACUGACACUCGCUGUUUAAGCAAUAUAAGAUAAAAAUAGAUUUUUUUAUUUACUGCAUUAAAAUGGUUACAAUUCAAUAAAGAAAACCAGCUAAAAUAACAUGUAUUAACAGUCUUCUGUCAAUCUAAUGUCUUUUAAUAGUUUGUACUGUAUUUGUAGUAUUGUUAUGAUGUUAAGAUUAAAAGAUUAAUAAAGAGUGGAUUAAAUUAA